AUGUUUGACACGAUCCUUGCUGCCUUCAAGAUAUGGAAGAAUUUGGUGUGCACUUCUGCUACAUCAGGUGUUUUGUUCUUCCACAGAGUACUGGGCCAUACCGCUGUUGGACCGUCUUCUGGAACCCUCGGUAUAACCGACGAACGCACAGGCCGUCGUUACACCAUCGAGAUAAAGAACAAUGCAGUCAAAGCACUUGACUUCUUGCAGAUCACAUCUGCAGGGUUGGGCGCAGAGGUAGCCGAUCUGUACGACAACAGUCUCAGAAUUCUUGAUGAAGGAUUCUGGAAUACGGCGUGUUGUGAAACGUCGAUUAUACAUAUCAACGGCAAGGCUGGCUACAUGCAAUAUCGCAACAAGUCGAUUGAGGAGCUGUUUCUCAAUAAUGACUAUGAAGAAGUCGUUCAUCUCUUGAUUUGGGGGUCAUUACCUAGUCCAGAGCAAAAAUCAACAUUGAGACGCAAAUUGGCCGCGCACAUGACGGCUCCGAAAUCUGUGAUAGAUACCAUCAAGGCUUUCGCGCCGGACGGCUUGACGCAUCCCAUGAUUCUGGCCGGUAUCGCCGCUUUCGCCGCUCUGGAUAGCGGAACGCGCUUGGUACACAAGUCUAGCAAGCCUGCAUAUCUCGGAACUCCAGAGCGAGCCGACGAUGCCAUCAUUCGCACUCUCGCUAGUCUGGCUAGCACAGUGGCUCUAGUAUACUGCCACAAACGCGGUCGGAACUGGACGCCUCCUACUCCUGCGGGCUCUUACAUCGGAAACAUCUUGCUGAUGAUGGGCCUCGUCGAGCAAAAUGAUGGUGGUCCGAACCAAAAAAUGGAACAUUGCCUGGAGCGGCUAUGGGUUCUGAAUGCGGAACAUGGGAUGACGAACUCUACCGCUGUAUUUCUUGCUGCUGCUUCAACGCUCCAAGAUCCCUUGUCAUGCACCGUGGCCGCUGUGGCUUCGGCAUAUGGUCCUCUCCAUGGGGGCGCUGUCGAAAUGGCAUACAAGGAAUUCGAGAGAGUGGGAUCAGUCGAGAAUGUUCCGAACCUCAUUGCGGAUGUCAAGGCGAAAAGGUACCGCCUUUUUGGUUAUGGUCACCGUAUCUACAAAGUCAGAGACCCGCGUGGAAAGCUCGUGCGUAGACUUAUCGACGAGUAUAAGGAAGACCUCAACAAAAAUCAGUUUUUGAGAGUUGCGAUGGAGAUCGACAGAAUUGCAGAAGAAGAUCCAUACUUUACCUCAAGACAGUUGAAGUGCAACGCGGAUCUCUACGGCUGUUUCUUAUACAGUGCGCUCGGACUUGAGACGGACAUAAUUUUGGCUCUUUCAUGCCUCUCACGAGCACCUGGAGUUAUGGCCCAUUGGAGAGAAUCCAUGAUGAAGAAAUCGCCCACGAUCUGGCGACCUCAGCACAUCUUCACCGGUAUUGUAGACAAAAACACAACCUGAAAAAGGCGUAAGCUACGAAGCUCAGAUUGGAAAAUCAGAGUUUUGUCCACAAAAUUGGUUCCACUCGGCCCGUUUGACUCGUACAAACAGUUCCUCCAUGCAGACAGGUAACCACAGCUUACGCCAUGAACACUCGAACAGAGCUUUCUUCUCCCC